AUGAUUUCUUUGAGCUCACAAGGGCUUUCUGCUGUCCAAAAUUAUGAAUCAAAGGAAUUGUUUACUUUCGUUGUUGGCUCAACAAAGUACAGAGUCCCCAAACUUAUAGCAAUUUUCAUUUCUCCAAUAAUUUCAAAGAUGUUGCAGGAUAAUCCCGAAUUAAACAGAUUCGAAAUCAAUGUAAAGGAUGAAACUAAAACAUUUAGACUCUUAAUUCAAAUGGCUUUCGGAAAUCAAGUUCAAUUAGACCAAAAUCAAUCUGAAAUGAUGCAAGCAUUUGGAAAAGCUCUAGGUAAUGAUGAAUUAGUAGCAAUUUGUCAGUCUUCUUCUCCAAAAUCCAAUUUAGAUAACAUAAAUAUCGAUAAUGCAGUUAUUCUACUUAAUUCAAAGAAGAAACUUCAUGCCAAAUACGAUUUCAUCAUCGAGUACAUUGCAUCUCACUUCUCAGAUAUCUCUGAGCAAGAGUUAGAAAAAUUAGAUAUCGAAGAUGUCCAAAAGAUACUAUCACAUAGUAAACUUCGCUCCAGAUCUGAAAGCUGUAUUUUCAGAUACGUAUUUGGCUUAUACAUGGAACAUAAUGAUGAUCCAAGAUAUUCUGAACUUUUCUCAAAGAUUAAGUUUGAAAAGCUUGAUGAAGAAGAAAUGUCAGACUUUGUCAAUAAUUUCUCAUCAAAUCAAAUGACAGAUGGCAUUUGGCUUGCAUUAUCUCGAAGAUUAAUUCUUCCUGUAGCUGAAUCAGGCAAACAAAGCAUGAUUGCAGAUAAAAUGUCUGAUCCUACAUCUCGCGCUACAAGUCGCCAUGAAUCUCCAGGAAAUGAAUCUAAACCAGUCAAAAAACCAACAAAAGUUUUGGAAUUUAAUGGUACUGAUUAUUUCCAUGGAUGUUUUGCAUCAUUACGCUCAAAGAAGAAGAACAUUUCCGUCUCUUCAAGUAGUGUAAACACAGGAACAAUUACAUCACUUAUAAAUCCAUCAAACAAAACAAACUUUUGGACAGGAAAUCAACCAGACAGUUGGGUGAAAGUGGAAUUAAAGAAGUUCAGAGUUAGGCCUACAUCGUAUACAAUCAGAGGACGCUAUGACCACGAUUUUAACCAGCCACAAUCAUGGAAUUUCGAAGGAAUGCAUGCAGGCAAGUGGGAAAUCCUUGAUACACAUGUUAAUGAACCUCUUCGUGUUAAAGAACCUCGGAAUUUCAAACUUUCUACACAAAACAAAUAUUCAUCCUUUAGAAUUAAACAGACAGGACCAAACACAUAUGGCGAUCAAGAUUUAGUUCUGAGUGCCUUUGAAGUUUUUGGUGAAAUCUUUGAAAAUUAA